UGCAUUUAAAUUGGGCCAAUUCGUCUGUAGCCGCGGAAAUACUUAGAUGUUUCGAAUCGCAACUCAUUCUGCUUUUAGUCCGCAAAUGUGAACACACCAUAAAGACAUUAAUAUGGAUUUUGUAAUUUGUUUCGUUGUCGUUACAUUUUUGGCUUUAACAGUGGAUGGUCAAACAACACCUCACGUUUUAACGUCUUGCCCAAAUGGCUGGAUAGCGUACGAGGGGUCCUGCUACCUUUUCAACAACAAGGAUAAGAUGUCUUUCGUGGCAGCUGAGGAGUUCUGCAAACAGAAUGGCGGACAUGUUGUCCAUAUUGAUGGCGAGGCAGAAAACAACUUUAUCAAGGAUCAGGCCAGACAGUACCCAAAAACCUCAUUGAAGCUUUGGUGGAUUGGAAUAAAAGACAUGACAGACGGAGAAUGGAGAUACACAUCCGAUGACUCGCUCGUUACAUUCUUUGACUGGGAUCCAAGCCAGCCAAAUAAAGGCUCAAAUGCUGAAUGUGCAGUGCUGUGGGCAGACAAAGAUUACAAAUGGGGUGAUCAUCCGUGUGUUCAUGUUGGCUCAUAUUCUGUAUACGCCGUUUGUGAAGCAAAAUAUAUGAAGAGCUACUUGCUGCAGUAAACAGGGGAGAUCUUCUCAAACAACCGAACGCUGUUUUAAAACUAAGAUAUAUUCUAGUAUAUAUUUAUCCUCACUGUCUGGUAAUAUUUGUGCUCAUUUAGAUGAAAAAUAGACAUGAGCCAUGUUUGUGCAAAGGACAAUUGCCAUCUUGAUGUUAGUCUUGUCGGCAUUGAUAAUUGAGAAUAACACAUGGGAUCACUAUUUUAUUAUUAUAUACAGUUGUUUUAAAAACUUUACCAUCAAAAAGUUGUUUUCACUACAUUUAAUUAAAAUGAUUAAUAGUGUGUUCUCUACUCAAAUUGCUUAUAAAAAGCAAAUAUUUAAAAAGGUUGCCAUGGUUAGAAAUAACAUUUUAUAUAAGGGUUGGUGUUUUCUCACUGUUGUCAUGACUAACCCUACAGAUAUAUUUAAACAUCUAACAUGCUUUGUGAAAGUUUGUUUAUUAAGUAGCAAUAUUUAUUUAAGUUCAAUUUAAAACCAAAGCAAAACAUAAGUGAUCAAGCUCUAGGUUAGCAUCUUAAAUCAUGAGAUGUUUUUACAUGGUGUUGCUUCAAAACUAUCAAGAUGAAGUGCUGCGGUUGUUUAUUACAAGAUUCAUUAUAACCACAAAACAGGAUGAUACAACUGUUAACUACAUUGCAACUGAAUAAAUUUGUUUGAUUGCGCCUGCACAAUUCAAAUUAAUGUCAUUAUUGAUUUUAAAUACCACCCAAAUAUAGACAUGUAUUAACUAUUUAACUGCUUUUGAUCCAGCUUAACUUAAACUAAAGUACUCAACAUUUCACCUAUGGAAUAUUUUUGAUUUCUCAAAUAAAGCCGCCUUUUUUAUUGUGUUCACAAUUUAAUCUAGGUUAUCCAAGGUUUAUAUUUUUCAACAGACUCAGCCGAUCGAAAUUUUAGCAUUGAUUGAUACUGUCUGGGGCUCAUCUGGAACAUUUCGUCUUCUCAAUGGUCACCAAUAGAUCUGUAGAAAUAAAGUGAAAGUGCAGAAUAAUACAGGUGUGAUCUAUUCAAUAAAUUGCCAAUGUGAUAUUUUGAACAAUAUCUUAACCUCGCAAUGGUAUUUGAUAUUGACAUAUGAUCAACUCCAAAAUGUAAACAUGUAACUAUAUAUUUUAAGAAAUCGGAGUGUGAAUCUUCACACUUCGGUUAUUUAAAAAAAUACUGUUGAUGGAGUUGUACGGACGAUUCUUACCUAAUACGUAAAUGUAUACAAGCGGAAGUAGAAAGUUUUGAUCAAUUGUCAGCUGUAUUUCAUUAAAAGAGCUAACACUUGAGAAGGAAUCGGGUGCCUCUCUUUUGCCGAGAAUGAGACCGACUCUUCACCGGAAUAAACAUAAUAAUAUCAUAAAGUCACACUGCUUAUGUCAUGUUCCCAUAAAUGUCACACGUCCAUACAAAAAUGCAAAACAUUUCAAAUAUGACAUACAGUUACAGUACCAACACACACGACACAUUGAUGCAUCCGAUCUGGUUCCCAUUCGGUCCAUCGUCCCGGGAAUUGCUGAUUACUGCAGACUGAUUAAAUACCUCAAAACUUAUUAUCUCAGACACUGUGUCUGGUGAUUAUUUAUUGAAAUACUGAUUCAAAGCUGCACUCUCACAGAUUGGACGUUUUGACAACUUUUUUAUUUUUUGUUUUGGAACGACCCAAUUUUUGCAAAAAUCCAUGGAAACUAGUGAAAAAUAAGACUGCUGACAAAAAAUUCGAUCGCAGAAUUUCAUAUUUCAGUUCAAAAACUCAUGUUUUAUGCAUUUUUCUUAAACCGUUAGUAACAUUAAUUUUUGAACGGAAAUAUGCAAAUCUGCGCCCUGAUCUUUUGUCAGCAAUCUUUCAUUGGUUUGCAGAUAUUUACGCAAAAGUUUCCUUAUUCCAACACAAAAAGUAAAAAAAGUUGUAAAAACUGUAAAUCUGUGAGAGUGCAGCUUUAAGAGAAACAGUUGCCAGUUACUUGCGGAAAUGACCCAAUAGGAAAUAUGUUGUUACAUUUUAUGGCUAUCCUGUGAAAUAUUAUAUGUUUAAUUCUUAUUGUGUGUUCAUUUGUUUAUUGUAUAUCAAAAAAGUUCUGUUAUAAACUCUUUAUUUAGUGAUAUUUUAAUCAAAUAAUCUUAAAAAAUUAAACAUCUUGUUGAUGUUAACUUGAUGUUGUCUUGAUUGUUAUAAUGUUUAAUUGCUCUGAUAAGAAUAACUUGAAUAUGAGAGAUAUAUAUUGCACAAAUAAAGUGAAACAAAAAAUCCGUUUGUACGCAUGAAUACUUAUACCGUCCUGUGU